UAAUAAUAGCUAUAAAUAAUGAAAAUAUCGGUAGGAAAUAUUCACAUACAUUAAAGUUAUAAUACUGAAUCUAUACAUACAUUUGCUUGAAAUUUCAUAUUGUUUCCACAAAUAUUGACCGUAGAAUCUGAGUUGUGUACAGAUUCCUCCAACAAUGGACGUUAAAACUGUUCCCACUGAAGAAGAACUUAACAAGCUGUUGAAAAAGACAUUCACAAGUAAUCUCAGACCAAACUACAUAACUGUACAAGAUUUUGUGUUGCCAGAACGCUAUCGCGAAUUUGAAAAAGUUAUCAAAGAAUAUGAAGUUUUUGAUACCGAUUUGUGGAUUUGUGGAUUUCCUAAAACUGGAACAACAUGGAUUUCUGAAAUCUCCUGGUUGAUUGCAAACGAUUUGGAUUACGAAGGAGCGAAAGCAGAAGAUUUCAAACGAACUAGAAUGCUAGAAUUUAGCAUAUUGUUUGAUACUAGCAGAGGAACACUUCUCGGUGGUGAACCCUACGAACUUGAUUCAGUAGGAUUCGCCAAAGAUCAAAAACACCCAAGAUCAAUUAAGACGCAUUUACCGUUCCCUCUCUUGCCAGAACAGAUUUUGAACGGUUCAAAAAAACCAAGAAUUAUUUGUACUGCUAGAAAUCCAAUGGAUACGUGUGUGUCUUAUUACCACCAAUGUGCCAAUUAUGAAGGCUUCAGUGGCACUUUUGAAGAGUUUUGCAGACUAUUUCUUUUUGAUAAAAUUAAUUAUGGUCCAUACUGGAAACAUGUUUUGUCAUUCUGGGAACACAGAAGCAAAUCAAAUAUUCUGUUUCUAACAUAUGAAGAAAUGAAAAAAGACUUGCCUGGAGUUUUGCAAAAAGUUGCAAAAUUGCUUGGCAAAACUUUAUCCAAGGAAGAUAGUGUACGCUUACAACAACAUGUUUCUUUUGAUUCUAUGAAAAAAAAUCCAGCUGUAAAUAAGGAAAGUGUAAAUCAAAUCCUUGUAUCAUCAGGAAGCGAAGUUAAAGCACCGUUUAUCAGAGCUGGGAAAGUUGGGGGUUAUAAAAAUUCAAUGUCACCAGAGCUUAUUGCACAAUUUCGGUAUUGGAUGCACAAGAGGUUUGAAGGCACUGGUCUUAAUCUCUUAGAAGAAUAAAAUUAAUUUUGAAUUAAUUUUGUUACCGAAAAAUUGUUUUUUUAAUUUUAGAUUCACGUAGGGGAAAUGGGGAAUUAAAAAUAAAAUCUAACUGUA